CCGCUCCUCGGCCCCGCUUCCCCGCGCGCCCUCCCCUGGUAACCGCCCGCCCCUCCCUCCUUGGCAACCGGCGUCUCUGCGGCUGUCCGGGUCGGAGGUACACCUAUACGGCGGGCGACUGGUCUGGCCUAGCUGCGGGCCUUCCUCCCAGAGGUCCACGGUCCCAUUUAAACUAUGGGGGACCCACCCCCCGACCCUGAGCCCCCGCCUCAGCCAAGCUCCAGCCAUCGGGAUUCUCAGGUCUCCGAGCAGCGGCGGCGGCACAGUCGGGAACCCUCUAGGCCCUCAGCCUCAGAUGAGGUGCAGCAGAUACCGCUUGACACGCGGAUCCUGCGCAGCAGUCAGGAGAUCCCGUCAAACCCGAUGAACCUCCAGGGCUGGUCACAAGGGGCCAGCCUGCCUCCAAAUGAGAACGCCUUGUUCCAGGCUGAGGAAGCCCAGCUGGGCGAAGUAGAGUACCUUUCCCCAAAUACGGGCUUCCCCUCAGAGGAACAGCCCGGCACUUACCCGAGUGAAGACGGGCUCCGGGCUCACAACGCCAGUCUAAUGCUGCAGCAGCUACGUCAGGGCGAAGGCAGCCUCUUCCAGCAAGUGGAGGCUGCCUACCAGGAGCCUCGGGCUGACCUCUUGGGCCAGUUCACCAUGUACCAGAGAGAAGACCUGCAGUUCAGCCAGGGCGCCCAGCAUGGGCCCUACAUCAGGGAUGACCCUGCCCUCCAGUUCUCCCCCUCUGAGCUGGGAUUCAUGCCCUUCAACAUAGAGGCGCCUGAGCCGGAACCUCGGGAGCUGGCUGUGCAGAACGCCAAGGCCUACCUGCUGCAGACCAGCAUCAAAUGCGACCUCAGCCUGUAUGAGCACCUGGUGAACCUGCUGACCAGGAUCCUGAACCAGCGGCCGGAGGACCCCUUGUUCCUCCUGGAGUCGCUGAGCCGCACCACGCAGUGGGAGUGGUUCCACUCCAAGUUAGACACACUUCGGGACGACCCCGAGAUGCAGCCCACCUACGAGAUGGCCGAGAGGCAGAAGGCACUCUUCAGCCGGAGCGGCGGCGGGGAGGGUGGCGAGCAGGAGAUGGAGGAGGAGGUGGCCGACACCGCGGUGCCCAACAUCAUGGAGAAGGCCUUCUACUUCGAACAGGCGGGCGUGGGCCUGAGCUCCGACGAGAGUUUCCGCAUCUUCAUGGCCCUGAAGCAGCUGGUGGAGCAGCAGCCCAUCCAUAGCUGCCGCUUCUGGGGAAAGAUCCUGGGUCUCAGUCGCAGCUACCUGGUGGCCGAGGUGGAGUUCCGGGAGGGCGAGGAGGAGGGCGAAGAGGAGGAGGUGGAGGAGCUGAUGGAGGGCGGCGAGGUCCUGGAGGCGCACGCGGAGGAGGAGGGCGAGGAGGAUGAGGAGAAGGUCUCGGACCUUAUCCCCAAGUCCACGUGGAAGCCGCCACCCGUCAUCCCCAAGGAGGAGAGCCGCUCGGGCGCCAACAAGUACCUGUAUUUCGUGUGCAACGAGCCGGGCCGGCCGUGGGUGCGGCUGCCCCACGUGACGCCCAUUCAGAUCGUGCAGGCCCGCAAGAUCAGGAAGUUCUUCACUGGCCGCCUGGAUGCGCCAGUCGUCAGCUACCCGCCCUUCCCGGGCAAUGAGGCCAACUACCUGAGGGCCCAGAUCGCCCGCAUCUCAGCCGCCACACACAUCAGUCCCCUCGGCUUCUACCAGUUUGGCGAGGAGGAGGGCGACGAGGAGGAGGAGGGCGGUGCCGGGCGCGACUCCUACGAGGAGAACCCGGACUUUGAGGGCAUCCCGGUUCUCGAGCUGGUGGACUCCAUGGCCAACUGGGUGCACCACACCCAGCACAUCCUGCCGCAGGGCCGCUGCACUUGGGUGAACCCUUUGCAGAAGACGGAGGAGGAGGAGGAGCUGGGAGAGGAGGAAGAGAAGGCCGAUGAGGGGAGAGAGGAGGUGGAGCAGGAGGUCGGGCCCCCGCUGCUGACGCCGCUCUCAGAAGAUGCAGAAAUCAUGCACAUGUCACCCUGGACCGCCCGCCUGUCCUGCAGCCUCAGCCCACAGUAUUCCGUGGCCGUGGUGCGCUCCAAUCUCUGGCCUGGGGCCUAUGCCUAUGCCAGUGGCAAGAAAUUUGAGAACAUCUACAUUGGCUGGGGCCACAAAUACAGUCCAGAGAACUUCAACCCAGCCCUGCCAACCCCCAUUCAGCACGAGUACCCCAGCGGCCCGGAGAUCAUGGAGAUGAGUGACCCCACGGUGGAGGAGGAGCAGGCCCUUAAGGCUGCCCAGGAACAGGCCCUGGCGGCCGCGGAGGAAGAGGAGGAGGAUGAAGAGGAAGAUGAGGAUGAGGACCCAGAUGACUGAGAGCCCAUAGCCCCCUUCUUCAAGCAGGUGAUAGCAGGUUUUCCCUUAUGCAUAGUUCCAGCUUUUUUUUUCAGUGUUGGCUUGCUUUCUGUCCCUAGAGGGCAGGGGUAGAAGAGGGUGGCAGCUGCUCUGAAUAAAAUUUCCCCAGUGCA